GGAAGCCGGAGGCGGGAGCAGAGCUCGCUCCGGCUGUGUUCUGGAGCUGCGGCGGCGUUCCGUGCUGCUGCUGUGCUGCACGCUUACCACAGUUAGCUGGUCCAGGCGCAGUGCUGCUCGCGUCCAGGCCUCGCUAGCGUCUCCGCCCGCGGCACCGAUUCUUCCGGCGCCCUCCCGCCGCGACUGCCCAGAUGGCUCUGUGCAACGGAGAUUCCAAGCCAGAGAAUGCCGGAGGAGACCUCAAGGAUGGCUGUCAACACUACGAAGGAGCUGUUGUCAUUCUGGAUGCUGGGGCUCAGUAUGGGAAGAUCAUCGACCGGAGAGUGCGGGAGCUCUUUGUACAGUCGGAAAUCUUCCCCUUGGAAACACCAGCCUUCGCCAUAAAGGAACAAGGAUUUCGGGCUAUUAUCAUAUCUGGAGGACCUAAUUCUGUGUAUGCAGAGGAUGCUCCCUGGUUUGAUCCAGCAAUAUUUACCAUUGGCAAGCCUGUUCUUGGAAUUUGCUAUGGCAUGCAGAUGAUGAAUAAGGUUUUUGGAGGCACUGUGCAUAAAAAAAGUGUUAGAGAAGAUGGAGUUUUCAAUAUUACUAUGGAUAAUACGUGCUCAAUAUUCAGGGGCCUUCAGAAGGAAGAAAUUGUUUUACUUACACAUGGAGACAGUGUAGACAAAGUAGCUGAUGGAUUCAAGGUUGUAGCACGUUCUGGGAACAUCGUGGCAGGUAUAGCCAAUGAAUCUAAAAAGCUAUAUGGUGUACAGUUUCACCCUGAAGUUGGCCUUACAGAAAAUGGGAAAGUAAUACUGAAGAAUUUCCUGUAUGAUGUAGCUGGAUGCAGUGGGACCUUUACUGUGCAGAACCGAGAAAUUGAAUGCAUUCGAGAGAUCAAAGAGAGAGUAGGCACAUCGAAAGUAUUGGUUUUACUUAGUGGUGGUGUAGAUUCAACUGUUUGUACAGCUUUACUGAAUCGUGCUUUGAACCAAGAUCAAGUUAUUGCUGUGCACAUUGAUAAUGGCUUUAUGAGAAAACGAGAAAGCCAGUCUGUUGAAGAGGCCCUCAAAAAGCUUGGAAUUCAGGUCAAAGUGAUAAAUGCUGCUCAUUCUUUCUACAAUGGAACAACUACUCUACCAAUCUCAGAUGAAGACAGGACCCCACGAAAAAGAAUUAGCAAAACAUUAAAUAUGACUACAAGUCCUGAGGAGAAAAGAAAAAUCAUUGGUGAUACUUUUGUUAAGAUUGCCAAUGAAGUAAUUGGAGAAAUGAGUUUGAAGCCAGAGGAGGUUUUCCUUGCCCAAGGCACUUUACGGCCUGAUCUAAUCGAAAGUGCAUCCCUUGUUGCUAGUGGCAAAGCUGAACUCAUCAAAACCCACCACAAUGACACGGAACUUAUCAGAAAGUUGAGGGAAGAGGGAAAAGUAAUAGAACCUCUGAAAGAUUUUCAUAAAGAUGAAGUGAGGAUUUUAGGCAGAGAGCUUGACCUGCCCGAAGAAUUGGUCUCCAGGCAUCCUUUUCCAGGUCCUGGCCUGGCAAUCAGAGUAAUAUGUGCUGAAGAACCCUAUAUUUGUAAAGAUUUUCCUGAAACCAACAAUAUUUUGAAAAUAGUAGCUGAUUUUUCUGCAAGUGUUAAGAAGCCUCAUACACUAUUACAAAGAGUCAAAGCCUGCACGACAGAAGAGGACCAGGAGAAGCUAAUGCAAAUUACCAGUUUGCAUUCGUUGAAUGCUUUCUUGCUGCCAAUUAAAACUGUGGGUGUGCAGGGUGACUGUCGUUCCUACAGUUAUGUGUGUGGAAUUUCCAGUAAAGAUGAACCUGACUGGGAAUCUCUUAUGUUCCUUGCCAAGCUUAUACCCCGAAUGUGUCAUAACAUUAACAGAGUUGUCUAUAUUUUUGGCCCACCAGUUAAAGAACCUCCUACAGAUGUCACUCCCACUUUCUUGACAACGGGGGUGCUCAGUACUUUACGCCAAGCUGACUUUGAGGCCCAUAACAUUCUCAGGGAGUCUGGGUAUGCUGGGAAAAUCAGCCAGAUGCCAGUGAUUUUGACCCCACUACAUUUCGAUCGAGAUCCACUUCAGAAGCAGCCUUCAUGCCAGAGAUCUGUGGUUAUUCGAACCUUUAUUACUAGUGACUUCAUGACUGGUAUACCUGCAACACCUGGCAAUGAGAUUCCUGUAGAGGUGGUAUUAAAGAUGGUCACUGAGAUAAAGAAGAUUCCUGGAAUUUCUAGAAUUAUGUAUGACCUAACGUCAAAGCCCCCGGGAACCACUGAGUGGGAGUAAUAAAUGUGUUAUUGUUGAA